AUGGAUGAAGAACAAUUAGAUGAUGACACAGAUCUGGGAAUGGAAUCAGAAACUCAAGGAGAUGAUGAUGAGUCUGAUGAAGAUCCAAGUUCUUCCCCAUCAUUAAGUGCUGCUUCUACACCCCCAUAUAUUUCAGAAGAAGGUUUCUUUUCUUUCUCUAAAAAACCAAAUUCAAAUUUAGGAAAGCCUUUGAGUAUUAGGAGGCGUAGAGGAAGGCCGAAAAAAGAUUCAGAUAAAAAGCCUUUGGGUAUCAAAUUAAAAAGAUGGAAAAGUGGUGUUUAUGUUAAAAGAGACCCUACUUCUUGUAGUCAACAACCAAGAACUCCGAAUUCUGCUCCUGAUACACCACAAUCUCAAAAAUCACCUACCGAAAGUGGAAUUAGUGUUAAUAAUAAUUUAAAUUUAGAAAAUGAAUGUAAAGAACUGGUUGUUAAUCUUGGUGAUAAAAUGGAAAAAGCUGAGAAGGCAGAAAAACCUUUUCCAAUGCUUGCUCCAGAUGACCCCCCUUAUUUUCCGGAAACUUGGCCUGGUAAAAUAUGUGCCCUAUGUAAUUUGUCUGAAAGAAGUCAGCUUGGUCAAAGGGAAAUGAUUCGUCUUAGUUGUCCAGAAGGUUUUACACCUCGUAAACCCAAUCCUAGUCCAGGACUGAGUCCAUCAUCGGUUCAAAGUACAGGGGAUAAGAGUCCUAGAGGUCAAGUGCCUCAUCAAAUAAGUCACAGGCGUCAAAAAAGUAGGGAGGGUAAAUCAGGAAGUGAAAUUUUGGAUGAACUGAGUGUAAUUGGUUAUGUUGAUGAACCAGAUGUUAAUUUAAUAUUUGAAUCAUUAGGUACAUUUUAUGUUCAUUUAUCUUGUAUAUUAUGGUCGGAGGGAGUAAAUAGAAAUGAAUCCGAUUUACAAAUUGAAAAUCAUGGCCCAGUUGUUUUGCAAGCGCUUACAAGAAGGUGCUCUUAUUGUUCGCGAUUUGGUGCAUCUGUAGUAUGUUGUUUUUCCCAAGGACAAUCUUCUUGUGGAUUAUACUUUCAUUAUCCCUGUGCCCUGGCUAGUGGAAGUUUUAUGGACAACAAAACAAAAUCUUUAAUAUGUAACUUGCAUUUAGACCAAGUUCCACUGUUGCCCAUAGGUGAAACUUCUCAAUGUUCUACUUGUCUUUCUUUGGGCAAUGUUAGCAACAUAUUAAUGUGUACAUCAUGUGGAGCACAUCAUCAUGGUUCGUGUGUUGGGCUCGCUCUUCUUCCUGGAGUAAGAGCCGGGUGGCAGUGUUUUGAAUGUAGAGUGUGCCAGGUUUGCCGCCAGCCUAGUGAAAUAGGAAAAAUAAUGCUUUGUGAAUCGUGUGAUAAAGCGUAUCAUCCUAGUUGCUUAAGACCUAUUGUUACUAGUAUUCCAAAAUAUGGUUGGAAGUGCAAGUGUUGUCGAGUUUGUAGCGAUUGUGGAUCUCGUACUCCUGGAUCAGGCUUAUCAUCGCGUUGGCACAAUCAUUUUUCUGUGUGUGAUUCAUGUUAUCAGCAAAGAAAUAAAGGUUUUUGUUGUCCUGUUUGUGGCAGGGCUUAUAGAGCUGCCGCUCAUCGGGAAAUGGUUCAGUGUAUAAAAUGUCGCAAAUAUGUUCACGGCUCAUGCGAUAAUGAGGCCGAUAUAAGCGUUUACGCUGCAAGAAAAGAAACAAAUCCUGAUUAUGAAUACAUUUGUUGUAUAUGUAAAAAUUUGAAUUCAAUGGGAAGGCAGGGAAUAAAAAGAAAAGACAGUUUUGAUGAAGCUCUACUAGAAUCCAGCCUUUCAGCCAGUCAAGAAUCUUUAUACGGGGACGACUCAUCUGGUAUGGAAGUCGAUCAUUCUCCUUCCGAUGGAAAAAAUUAUGAAGAUUAUUCUAGAAUCAUAGGAUUAGGAAAAGGCAAACCAUUUUGCUCUAGCAAUUUGGCUAAAAAACGUUUUAUGAGCCGACCUAAAGGGCAACAAGCUGGUGGUAAAAUAAAUUAUCAAAAAAUGAAAAAAAUGCCAGAAUUCGGUAAAAAAAGAGGUAUAAAACCAAAAAUGAGAGGAGUUUUUGGGGUUCCCGGUUUAGGAUUGCAAAAGCCUUUAGCGGAUCCUUCUAAUAAAAGUGAAGAAGAGCCUGGAGUGGAAAAUAGAAUGGUUUUAUGCUCCGGAUCCGAUAAGUUUGUUUUAAGUCAAGAUAUUUGUGUAAUGUGUGGUGCUUUGGGUACGGAUCAAGAAGGUUGUUUAAUAUCUUGUGCCCAGUGUGGACAGUGCUACCAUCCUUAUUGUGUUAAUGUCAAGGUUACUAAGGUUAUUCUACAAAAAGGCUGGCGAUGUUUGGAUUGCACUGUUUGUGAAGGUUGUGGUCAGAGAAACGACGAUUCAAGACUAACUUUAUGCGAUGACUGUGAUAUUUCGUAUCAUAUCUACUGUAUGGACCCACCUCUUGAUUAUGUGCCUCGUGGAGUUUGGAAGUGUAAAUGGUGUGUUGUGUGCAUUCGCUGUGGAUCUAAUGAUCCUGGAUUCAAUUGCAAUUGGAUGAAUGGAUACACCGAGUGCGGCCCAUGUGCUUCUCACACUUUUUGCCCGUCUUGUCUUGAACCGUACGUUGAAGGUGAACUUGUGAUACAAUGUGAACAGUGUGAAAGGUGGCUUCACGGGUCAUGCGAUGGAAUCCGUAAUGAUUUGGAUGCGGAAAAGUGUGCCGAUGAAAAAUACACUUGUGUGCUGUGUAGACCUAGAGAUGUACCACCACCACAUCUAUUACCCCCUCCUCCAACUCCAAAACCAAUCCCCAAACCACCGACUCCUACUAAAAGCCCCGAGCUGCCAAGAUUUUCUCAGACUCAAUUUCUGGUAGAUGGUGUUUGUUUAUCAGAAGCAGGUAUGCUUCAGAUAAAAUCUUUGGCAAUUGAACAACAAGUUACUCAAAGAAAAAAACGAUCUGCUAAAAGAAUAGCUUCUCUUUUGCCUUCUCCCGUGAUGGAUAAAGAGGCAAGGUUUUUAGCUACCAUUGAAAGAAAAUUGGCCGCUCCCGGCUCUCCAGGCAUCAAAGAAGAUGAAGAUGGUAUGCGAGAUGAAGGUUUAAAGGACGAACCUACCGAAUUAUGGAAAGAAGGCAUGGAAGUAACUCCUAGAGAAGACGGAAAGCCUCCAGAACCUCCAGAGGGAUUUACAAUAGUCACUACGGAAUCGGGAGUCAUGGUUUUAAGAAAGAAAAGAACUCGAAAUUUACAAAAGCUGGGUAUUGGCGGUUUCUGGGUUAGAUUUCGAUCUAAUAGAAAGGCCGAAGAUGAUGAAGAUAUUCCGGGAAUUGAAAAAUCGCCUAUGCAAUCGAUGGAUAAACCAAAAAGGAAACCAAUCAGGCGAAAAACAAAAAGUAAACUUGUUGAAAGUUUUCCCACGUAUCUUCAAGAAGCUUUUUUCGGUCGAGAAUUGCUCGACACGCCAAAAGAAAAAGAAUUGCAUUCAAGUUCCGAUGAUGAAUUAGUAUCUAAGUUUCAGGUAUCAGAUGAUAAGACUAUUAAAUUGUCAAAAGACGAACUAAAAGUCAUGGAAGACGUAAAAGCUAAACAAGAAAAAGAAAAGGAAGAAAAGGAAAAAGAAAAACAAAAAGUGGAUGAAAUAUUUAAUGAAAAAGAAAGAUCGCCGAUAAAAACGGAAGAAGAUGAAGGAAGUGAUAAUGAAGUUUUAAAAGACUUAAAUUUGAAAGAUUUACCGCUGCCUGGCGAUCUCCUGGAUCCCGAUUUAGUUAAUACCAUUAUGGCGGAGGACGAUAUUAAACACUUUGUAUUUGCUUCUCUUAACACUCAUUUUUUUCUCCAGACUUCGGAUAAUUUAGAUGGAGGUGAAUUAAACAAUACGUUAGAAACACCAGGUGCGAAUCAGUCAAAAGACGAGCUAACCGACAUAUUAUCUCCUCAUUUUAAUUUGGAAACAAUGGUGAGGGAAAGUGGCCUUCCUAAUAUGAAUUCUAAAGACGUAGAAGAGAUUUUUAAGGGUGUAUUAACGGAUGAAAAUCAAGAGAGUCAACAAGGAUAUACAGGUCUGAUAAGUUUUCCAGUAAUGGGCUUACAUUUAAAUGUUCAACCGCCAAUGACUCCGCAAAAUAUAAUUCCUCCGAGUUUUCCUCCCCCUAGUCCAUACCACUCUGAGUAUUCUAACUCGCCUCAUUCCCAAGUCUCCGAACCGGCGAGUCCUUGGUUAGAAGAAACACCUUUAGGGGUUGAUCAGCCUCAAGGAUCCGGAGGUCCAGCUUUUACUAACUCACGAACCACUCCAAUGAAAAUGGAAGCAGAUGAAGCUUUGGGAUUAAAUGCCACUAUAUCUAGUGUUCUUUACGCAAAUACUAAUCAUCCAGAAUGGAAAAAACAAUUCCCGGUAUGGCCAGAGAGAUGUAAACAAAUUUUGAAAAAAUGGAGAAGUUUAACUAGCGAUCAAAAGGCACCUUAUCUUCAAAAAGCUCGGGAUAACAGAUCUGUAAUCAGGAUGAAAAAAGCUCAGCAGAUUCCAAAAGAAAGCCCAACAAGCGCCACUUCCCCGUCGGGGAGUGCUGUCGCCAAGGGAAGUCCAUCGACCGAGCAGAAGAAUAUUAUUCCGACGACUAUGAGCCAACAACUACCCGGAGAAGGCGAGGUGUGUGAGGCGGCGGCUUCCGAUCAAGCGGCACUCAAGACGCAAUCACUAACUACUAACACUCCUCCUUCUCCUCCGACUACCACCACCAUAACAAUUACCACCACCACGACCACAACCACCCCGGCCACAACCACAACCACCACCACCACCGUGACUCCAAUCACGAAUUCCGCCGAAUCUGAUGAAAUAAAUCUUUUCGCUUCGGUCUCCGAUGAUAAAUCUUUAUCGAAUAACAGUUCGGAUUCUGGAAGUCAGACGGAAGGAAAUUCCGCAAAAAAUUCCGCUCCCAUUGAAAAUAAAGCUGUGCGCGUUUUGUUGGCUCCCGUAGAAAAUACUCAUAACAGAUCUCAAAACAUUCUCUUUCGUAACGUAGUCAUUGCUAAUAAUCACAAUAUCGUAAACCCCAGUCAUAAUUUUACCAUACAUCAUCAUUUUUCCGGAGUUACAACUCCCAACCAAUACGUUCAAAACGAACCGAUUAUUAUUACCGGUCAAGCUCAAACGCAACAAAGUAAUACGUUUAACGUUCAAAAUAUCAUAGGACAAAAUAAUCAUAAUAUCAUUCAGUUUCCAAAUUACUCCAGGUUUCCAAGUCAACUUCAUUUAGAUAUAUCAAAUAGAGCGCCAAACGUGACUAUUAGAGCUUUCGAAGCGGGGGGAUUAAGCCACUUGACUCGUAAUCAGAUAUCGAACCACGGUCAAACUUUUAUUCAUCGUCCCAUGACGUUGGCAUUACCUCAAAAUCAAGGGAAUCCUCAUCACAUAUCCGAAAUUAAAAUUUUACAUCCGGCAUCGAACACAAUUUUACAAAACGCUCCUCAAAUAAUUCAAUCUCAACCCUUAGACUCGAACAAUUUGACUUUGAAAUCUGACGAUUCCGAUAAGGUUUUAUCCGUCGACACGAACGAUGGUAACAGAACGUCUGAGAGUAAAGAGCAACCCGAACCAUCUCAAACACUUGUCGAUCAAAAUUCGAACCAAGAUAGUAGUAGUGGUAGUAGUAGUAGUAGUAGUAGUAACAACAUUUUGGCAGAUAAAAUAGUGGGUUUCAAUCGUUUACUCAUUGUCACGGAUCAGGGUUGCCAACAAUCUGCGAAAGUAUUGGAUGGAAAAUCUCAUUUAGUUUCGCAAAAAGAAGAUGACACAGCGGAAUCGUGCGAAUCCAACGAUCAUCAGAUUAGGGUCCUCACACCAUCCGAAAUCAUGAGAACGCUACCCUCUCUCGGUCCCGAUGGUUACGAUUUAGCUCAUCCUUCGCAAACCACCUCCCCAGCUCCUUCGAAUCACUCACACAUGGAUCAAGAAAAAGUUCUGCAACAACAAAAGGUGAAUCGUGAAUCUGAGCAAGAACGUCACUGGAAACAAUUGCAGGCAUUAAGGCAAGCUCAAGCACAACAACAACAGCAGGUCAUUCAGGAACAGAGAGCUCAAGGCAUUGCUAGAAUCAACAGACAAAUGAGCGUAGGAGAUGAUAACACAUCGAAUUUAACGAUACAGUUACAAGUUUCAACUACUCAGGAUGCAAAUGCUUUGGGACCAAUGGCUUCUCCUUCACCAGGUUCCAGGUCGCAGUUUCCAUUGAAUUCAAAUGUUAAGGUGACUAGAAUCCACCCUGCACAAAGUCCUAGUCCAUUUUCUCAUCCUUUAGCACCACCAUCUCCUCUUCUUAAUAGACCUUUAAGGCCUCUGAAUCAAGGUUAUCAGUCUCGGCAAUUUUCUCCUAAUCAAACAUCUUCACUUCCAGAUUUCCCGGGAACAACUUCUCCUAAUUCCGAGACUGAUCCUUAUAUUGUUCCUAGAACAUUUGCUAAUCAGUCACCUAGAGCCGUUUAUACUGCGCAAUCUCCAAGACCUCCUUCGGUGCCUCCACGUUCGGCAGUUUUAUACAAUGAAGCCAAUAGGCGCCCAGAAGAAAAUUUUUCGACAGUUCAAUCGGUACAAAAUCCUGAAGUGACACGUCAGUUAAGAGAUUUACUACAGAGACAAAAGGAAGGUAUUCCUACAUCUCCUAAUAUUCAAAGGCAAUGGUCUUCAGGUCCAGCUUUAGAGCAAUUUUCUGAGAACCCCGAGGAGGGCACAUUUAGGCAUCCUUUACCUCCGGGAACCCUACCUAGGCCCAGAAUGCCUAUUCAACAAGUUUUGGUACGUGCGCCUUUGCGACAAAUAGCCGAUCCUAGAAUUCAGGGUCCGCAAGAUCAAAGAAUGCGUCUUUUAAUACAACAGCAAAGACCUCAAACAGUUCAAGCAUUUAUUACUCAGCCAACUCAGCCGAGAAACGCACUCGAUCCUUACGACGAAAUGGUUCAACCUAGGCACGGUGAAAAUACCGUGUUACAGCAACGUCUCGUUCCAGUCAGAAUUCGACCUACUCAUACUGCACCGAGUCACGUUGUUGUUCCUCCUCCACAAUCCACUGCUACCACUGAACAACAAGAAAUCCCGGAAAGUGUAACAGCGGAACUGGAACAGUUAGAGCAAGAAGGUGGUCAAAUGGCAGAGGUUGAAGCCGUAUCUGCCAUUUUGGGAGAUUUAGCCGAUGACGACGACGAGUUAUUGGCUGAAAUGGGUGCGGAUUUUAAUAUACUUGAGUACGUGGAUACCGAGACGUCGCACGGAGAUAAAACUAACAUUUUGGAUAAUUUGGAGUUGGAAGAUGAUGAAACUAAAGAGAAAAAAAUACACAAGGAUAAUGUUGCCGGAAAACCUUCUGCAAGUAAAGCAAUGGCGGCUAUUCCUCCAGAAAAUAACGUAAAAUCUGCUUUAGCUACAUCCGGUCUUUCCGAUGUUUCAAAUCAGGUUGCAAAACCCGCUGAAACCCCUCAAGUCCCUGGUGCGGGUGAUAUUUCUUUGACUCACUUAACAGGGGAAGAUCUUCAAACUGAGGGUUUAGAGCCCAGAUUUACAUCAGCAUUACCUCGAGUAUCCAUGGCCAUCCCUGGAUCCAUUCCAGUUUCAGUUGAUCCUCAACGUCUUCCUCUUCGAGUAGGCGCUCAAAACUCUGCUCGAGUUAUAGUGGGUCCCACCGGACAAAUCAUACAAAGUUUACCGGUUCAAACCAGGAUAAGCGGAUUGGCAGUCGCUCCACCACCUCCUCCCUAUCCCGGACCUCCACCGCCAUAUCCUGGACCACAGAUAACAUCUGGCCGCCAUCCGAUUCCUGUGAUGUACCCACAAGAUCACACGCCUCACUAUCUCCAACGGAGGCCUCUUCUACUUCAGGAACAGCCUUUAUUACUAGAAGAUCUUUUGGAACAAGAAAAGAGGGAACAGGAAAAACAACAGCAAAAUGUUGACAACAGUGCAAAUUCCAUGGGAGACGUUAAUAUGGAUCACUUAAGAAAUGAUUCCAUUCCCCCCCCUGGUAUUUCGGCACCCGGUAUGAAUUCUCCGGCAAACGUUAUGAAUCCUGGAAUGAGACCCCAAUUUCAACGUCCCCCCGGACCGUUUAUUUCAACGCAAGGUCGACCCGUUGCCGAUGUUAAUCAAACCUCGAGGGUUCCACCUUUUAAUGCUCCAGUUUUGCAACCGCCACCCGUACCCCCCGAUGUCAUAUCUAGCGAACAAGAUCGACAAAUUGCAAUCGAGUAUGAAACAUGGUUAAAUAAUCAAAAUCACAUCCUUCAACAGCAGUUGAAAUAUUAUGAAACUGAGGUGCAAAAAUUGAGAAAAAUAAGAAAGUCACUUAAUAGCAAACAAAGGCAGCUUCGAAAGAAUGGAAAUGAACUUUCAGAACAAGAUGCUCUAGAAUUACAGAGGAUAUCUACGGAACAGUCGGGACUUCAAAAACAUUUGGAUGCCAGUAGAAAAUCUUGCAGACAACAUGGAAUGCUCAUUCAGGAAUACAGGAAUAAACAACAAAAACAAAGACAAAACAGUCCUUUACACACUGGCUCAAGUCCUUUAAAUCAACCUAGUCAUAGUCCGCUGCAUACUACCGGAUCACUGAAUCCUAGUCAAAGUCCAAUGAAUAUAGGUCAAACGAAUUCUCCAAUGCAUCCUGCAGCAGGUUUUAACACUUCGUCACAUCCAAAUACUCCUCAGAGUCCUUUAAUGAGUCCAAGUCCUUCGCCGUUACAAUCUCCUGGACCUAUAAUUAACCAGUCUCCCGGAGCGGGUGGUAUUCUGCAAAGCCCGAUGUCGCCUCACAGUAUGCAACAGUCUCCAAGAUUGGGAACUCCUCACUCGCAGGGAGAAGACAGUCCAUUUAGUCCUGGUUCACUUCCGUCACCAGGGCCUGUUCGCUUGGCUUCUCCGCAAACUGUAGUUCCUGGGAAUCCUCGCCUUGCUUCUCCUCAGCAUCGAGGACGAAUGGUGAAUUCACCUGGUUUAUCUGAUCAGGUUAACCGUCUUCACGGAUUAAAUGUCGGUCCCAGAUUUUCCAGAGAGCCCAGGUUGCGAGGACCAAACCCACAAUCAACAGCUACAGUUUACCAAGGGCCAACUGCAACUCGAGUAAUAUAUACUCAAAAACCUCAAGAUCCAACACAAGUACUUCAGCGAGCCGCAUUAACACGAGAGCAAGUAAUACCUAGAAAUGUUUUAAUUCAACAACAACAGCAGCAACAACAACAGCAACAAGUGCAGCAGCAGCAGCAACAAAUAAGAAACCAACAAAUUUUAAAUCAAAUUUCUCAACAAAACCCUAAUUUAACAAUGGAACAAAAACAAAAAUUAUUGCAAUUUCAUCAGCAAAAACAGCAGCUAUUAAUACAGCAGAGACAACAAUUGAUAGAUCAACAAAUGAUUCAACAGCAACAGCAACUUGCUGCGCAAAAUCAACAAAGAAUUAUACAAAAUCAAUCAAGUCUUCAAAACGUGCCAAUAUCAUCCCCACAAAGAAUAACUGUAGUUCAAAGUGGUCAUAACAUUCACGCCAUUUCUCAAGGUUCUCCAAGAAGUCCCAUUGUCUCUGGGCAAAAUCCAAAAAGUCCAAUUAGUCCGAUGGUUCAAAUGCCUCAAUCUCCUAUGAAUUUACCACCAAAGAGCCCAGUUACGCCAACAAUUCAGAAAAGUCCUAUGGUUCAGACUCAGACAAGUCCAUUAGUACAAUCUCCGUUAAAUCUUCCUCCCAGAAGUCCGAACGUAGGAAGUCCAAUAAAUAAAUUAUCAGGAUAUAUGAAUUACGGGAGCACAGACAAUAUUGUACAACAACAUAUGGUGCAAGAAGAAGAUAAACGUGAUUCUUUGGAGUUAGAUCAUGGUGGAGGAGGAGGAGGAGGACCUAACGCGCCGAUUCCAUUUCUGCCAUACAUUGAAAAUAUAAAAAGGUUGGCGAGAUUUGGUCUUGGUUUACGCGGAGGUUCUCCGAUGUGGACUUUUAGCAAAGGAAAGAAACAAAAGAAAAAUGAAGACGAUCGUAGAAAGGUAGCUAAUACUGCAGAGCCUUCAGCGGAAGUUAACACUUUGACGGUAGAAAAGCCCAUUCAAGGAAUUUUAAAAAAUUCUGGAUUUCAACGCGUUGUUAGGCCUAGUCGUGUGGUUCAUGCAGAACCGUCUACCAGUCAAAGUGUUUCCCCUCCUGAAAAUCGUAGAAUCUCUGUUCUCCGUCACAAAAAGGAUUCAAGUUUGGAGUUAUCUCAGCAAGGCAUCGUGGUGCAGUUACAAAGUAGUCAACAACUACAGUUGCAACCUAGUCAACAAAAAUUAAUUAUACAACAAAUGUUGGGUGGAAAUAUUCAGCAGAAAAAUUUUCCACUUCAAAAAAAUUUGCAAUUAUUACAGGGUCAAAAAGUAAUGCAGAAAAAAUCUAGUUCACCCCAAAUCAUGUCAAAAAGAGCUUCAUUAGUUUGUGUUGAUUAUGAUAGCUUAGAUGAAGAAACUCCGCCUCCGUCGCCAUCUCAUCGGAGUGAUAAACUCGACCAGAAGUCUGAUAAAUUAGAAGAAAAGACUGAAGAAGAAGAAGAAGAAAUCCGAAUUGCUACCGAUGCCGAAGGUCUUGAACUUCUCACUCAGGAAAAUUUAUUAAAUUUAGAAUUAGAAGAAAGUGACGAAGGAAAUGGAAGGCGCGUAAUAAUUAUAGAUAAUUCAGGAGAAGGGGGAACCGAAUUGGAAAAGUACGAUGAAAAUCCAAAUGGAUCACCCACAGUAAUGGAAUUCAUUGAUGAUGACCUAAUGGUUUAUGAGCCCAUUGAAGGAGUCAUAUCAGACUCUGAUGAAUUGGUAGUGCUUGAAGAAUGUGAAGUUUUAGAAGCGCAUGAAAUAGAUAUUACCAAUUGUGAAGUAAUGGAGUUUGAAAGUGUUGACGAUGGAGAAAGUCAAGAAAAUGAGGAUUCGUUACAAGCAAAAGAAAUGGAAGAUUUAAGAUUGAGCACGGAAGAAACCAAAAUUAGUAGCAUUGAGGAAAGUGAAAUCAAGGAAAAUAAUGAAAGUAAUUACAAUCCACAGGAAGAACAAAAGCAAAUAAUUGUCAGACAUACUAAAAAGGGAAAAAUAGUUAUGGUCAAACGUGGUCAGGAAGGGAAAGAACAAAGGCAAGUUGUUUUUCGUUCGGAUAAUAAAAUAAAUAAAGAUAUCGGUGAAGGAAGUAUAAUAUUAUCUAGGAGUAGUAGUGAAGAGGAAAAAAAUGUUGAAGAGAUUGAAAAUGAAAAAGACGUUAAUGUUUCUUUAAAAGACGCCAGUGAAGAUGAUUUCAAAAAAUUGAUAGAACAAUCUGAAAUUAUUAUAAUGAAUGAAAACGAGGAAAUUCGAAGGCAAGGACCAAUCAAAUUAGAAACUAGUAGUUUAAAAAGUAAUUUAACGAGCUUUGAGAAAAAAAGGCCAAAAUUAAUUAGUGAUGUGCAAAGUGUUAUUACGGACAAUCUUGCGGACAGUCCCCUUUCUCCAGAUCCUUCGCACGAUAAAGUUUUAACUCCGAUAAAAGUAGUUAUAAGCAAUGAGCCAGCUGAAAAAAACUUGAAUUUACCAGAUCCGAGACUCUUGAAAUCCAGUGAAAAAACAAAGUUAAUUAUAGCAAACGAAAGUAAAGUGGAAGAGACGACAGUUUUAAAUGUCGGCACUUCCUCCAAACGUUUAGAAACCUUGGAAUCAUCUAAAAUUCCGGAUAUGUCUGUUACAAAUCUUCCGUUUACUGACUUACCGGAAGGACUGGCGUCGAAAUUUUUCCCCGAAACCAAACCGGAAAUCCCUUCGGAAAUGAAUAAAGGACGAAACGAAGAAACUGUUACGGUUUCAAAAGAUGUUGAUGUUGAACGGAAAAAAGAAUUCAAUUUCGAUCAAACUUCUGUGAUUAAAGCCCCAAAAACUUAUGAAAAAUCAAAAUUUGGUAAAACAAAAGUGCAAUUAAGUGAACACGAUUACACCAGUAUACCUGGAAAAGUAGAAGCUUUUAAAAAAGUAGACCAAGAAGAAAAAGACAAAUUAGAAAAUAAUAGCACUAAUAAUAAUAAUAAUAAUAAUAAUAGUAAUAGUAAUAAUAAUAGUAGUAGUAGUAGUAGUAGUAGUGGUGGUAGUAGUAAUUGUAGUACUCAAGUUUUAAAAACGGAACAGAUAAUUUCUAGUCGUUCACAUUCCACAACAGGAGUCAAUAGACCUAUCGUGUCCUAUUCGUCUGCAAACAUCUCUCAGACUGUAAAAAAAACAGAAAUGGAACCAGUGGCGGACUCGGCAAAAUCAUCAUCGGAAAUAAUUGAAAAACCUACUUUUACUUCAUCUACGAGUUCUCAAAUGGGUGCUCAUAGCGCUCCAAGAGCUAUAAUCACGUAUUCUACUUCCAAUUUGGAAUUAAAAUCUCCUAAAAAAUUUCCUUCGGAAUUUUCUUGGAAGAAUGAAAAUGAAAGCUUGAAUCUUAAUUUGUCAUCCAUAAGCAAUGCUGCAGUUGCUCCUUCGGUUGUGGCCAGAAGUUGCGAUUCUGAAUCGAAAAUAGACGCUCCCGUUUUACCGGAAAUAAGUUCUCACAUUGCGAAAAUUGAUCCUAAAGUUCGUGACAUUAUAAGCAUUUCAAAAAUAACUCCUCCCGCUAGAGUAUCGGAAUCUUCGACCGAAGGAAAGGGAAGAAUUAUACUUACUGGAACUACGACAAGUCAAGUAAGCACGACAACUUCGGUUAUAGCAUCCUCGACGGCGCGUAUGACAAUGAGCUCAAAUCUAACUCCUACUACUCAAAAACAAUCGGACUCAAAUUUAAAAUUCAAAACGAAAAAUGAAGAAACGAAAAAGAACGACGGACGCAGAAAAUCAGUAGAAAACAUCGGUAGAAAAAAAUCCGUGGAAGAAAGGAGGCGGAGUUCAGAAGCCAUUUCUCGUGACAACAAACGAGAAUUAGAACAAAGAAAACAAAUGAUAUUAGAGGAAAUAAAACAAUCCCAACUUGAAAAAGAAAAAUUAAAAUCCGAACCUCCUCCGGUCGCGCCUACUUUGCCUGAAACGAAACCGGAAGUAAUUAAAACCGAUCACGAUUUGUCAGAUGUCAUAGAUAUAUUGGAAAAUAUCGAUAACACUCCGACUAGAUUGUUGAACGCCUCGGAACUUCAAAGCAUUGAAAAAACUCAAUUGUUUGAAAAUGAAGAAUUGGAAAAAGCACCCACGCCUCCGAAAUGUAAACAAGUUGAACCACCGAAAUUUGAUGAAAAAAUCAAUUUACAAAGUUUGUUAUCCGACACCGGUAAAAGCGAUAUACAAGUUAGUGAUUUAGCAAGGGGAUCUUCAAAAACUUCUGCUCAACCGGAAACUAGAAAUUUACCACCGGCUAACACGCAAUCUAAAUUAGCCGCACUUCUUACCGCGGGUUCUGAUGCCGUAAGAUCAAAAUUACAAAAAGAGGCCAAUUUUUCUAAUACCUCACAGCCUGUGGUAGUGACUGAAGUCAGAAAAAAUAGUGUGCCAACUUUAGAAGCUUUGCUCGAAAAAGAAUCAGAACCCGUUAGUAAAACUGAGCAAGAAAAUAAGGUUGAAAAUAUUAGGGAAGAAAAAGAUGCCGAUAGCAAGCAGGAAAAUUCAUCACAAGAGCUAUCACCCGGUCAUUCUAGGUCUGAAAAUUCCAACUCGAGUACAAUCAACCAAACGGAGAACCUCAUAUUAUCUCCGACGUCGGGUAUUUUCAGAAGUUCUGGAUCCAAUUUGGGAGUGCCUGCAUCCAAAAUUCUUAGUCCCAGUAGUGGAAUUUUAAUAUCAGGCACCGAUUCACCGACUGAAAACUCAAAAUCUUGUGACAGUGAACCGUUGCCUUCGCAAGGAUCUCAGCCAGAACAUAAGACUGCUUUAGAGCCUCAACAGCAAGGAAUUACUUUAAGCACAGGACAAUCAGUAGUUCAGCAGGGCACUUUAAUAACUUCUCCUGUAACCGUAACCGGAGGACAGCAAGGAAUUUUGAUUAAUGACAAGAAUUUGAUUGCUGCUUCUUCUGGAGUCUUGAUGACUACUAGACUAUUGCAGCCAAUAACUAAAACCGUUUCUAGCCCGAAUAGAGUUUCUCCGCUUUCUAAUCUACCGCCUGGAGUACGGCAGCAAAUUAUUACUGCUAAUUACAUUCAGCAAAACCGUGCCAAUCCCGUUUUAGUGCGACGAAUUUCAACUCCUUCUCCGCCUCGCGCUAGAACGCCUCCCCAGCCCCAAACACAUAUCGUAGCAAGUCAAGGCACUGUUAUUUCGCAUCCUAAUGUCGUUCAAUUAGACGUAACUUCUCAGAGAGCGAUUCGUCCUCUUGCUCAAGGAACGUUAAUUGCUGCUUCUGUGGCGACAACGACUCCAGUAAAUGUAACUCUAACCCAACCUACCUUGAGAUUAGCUAGAACUGAUAUACCGACACGUUUGGUUGUGUCUUCUGGGAAUCAACUUAUUGCAUCCACUCAGUUACAAAGGCUUUCGGUCAGUCAAGGAUUAUCAAUACCAACUGCAGUAACACCUGCGGUUAGCAAUACUUCUUCCAUGAACGUUGAGAAAAAUGGAUCUGAAAUUCAAUCGUCUUUGCCCAAAAAUCAUGACGUAGAAUCUCAAAAUCGAAAUUUGACGCAGCCGCCCAAAGUUUUGGGAUCUAGUCCAGAAACGAAAAUUCCUCCUCAAGAAAUCAAUUCAACGCAAGUAAAUUUAGCGGUAGUUAAAACAGAGCCAGUAGAAGUUAAAGAAGAAAAAUUCACACCUUAUGUUGCAACUACAAAUUCUAGUAGCAAAUACCCUAGAACCGACGAGUCUCAAAACGUUUUGCUGAAGCAACUGCUGCAAAAUACAGCAUGUGCAGGUUUAUCAGCAUCUUCUACUCCUUCUGCUGCAUCUUCCGCUCCUUCUCCUGUUUUACCAACAGUACCUUCUUUAGAAGCACAAUUAGCACGUCCUGUGCCACCCACGCCUUCGGCUUUAAUUCCCAGCAUUUUAUCGGAGCAAAAAAAUACUCCGCUUUCUCCUCAAGCAACAAAACCAGUAGCCCCUGCCCUUCCUGGUAAAGAACAACAAAAGCCAGCAGCUCCUGUAGAAGGAAGAAGAAUAUCACAAUCGAACAGAACUCCAAGCCGAGAAGAUUUGUUAUCUCCCACAAAUUCCACGAGAAGCAGCUUCGGUUUAAGAACUCCUUCUCCCAUUACUAGCCCUCAAGCAACAAUAAAGCAAGAAAAGCCUUUACAAAACUUACUUUCGGAAUCGGAAAUAAAAAAAGAAUUGUCGGAAGAAAAUAGAAUGGACAGCACUCCGAGCGAACGUAUUUCCCAAGAGCAAGCAGCAAUUGAUCUUAAAAAAUUAAAACGUAGACAAUACCAGCAGAAGAGACGACAAAGUCAAGGGAAAGAAGGUCUUACCGGAGGAACUCCGAAAAAAAGGGCUAGAAAAGGUUCUCGAAUGGAAGAAGAUUACGAAACUUAUACCGAUAAUUUAAUGGCGCAACUACGUCAACUUCCGUCAUUAGCUAUUUUGGAACCGGCAUUAGGGAAAAACUAUAAUGUGUGCAAUAUAUUUGGUAGUAGUGAUCAUAAUAAACUGAAUAAUGUAGAAAUUAAAGGCACUUACGGCAAUUGCUUUCUCCCUAGUUUGGGGGACUAUUACACUACAAAACCAUUCGGUGAAAAAGAAAAACCUCCCCCCGUGAGUCCACUUUCGACUCAACGAGGUUUUUACGAUCAGGAAUUUUCAGUUAUCAAUUUGGUUACGGACAGUGAAGAAAAAAAAUUAGAAACUUUAUUGUUGGGAAACAGGGAACGAGAUACCGACACUCCCGAUACUGUUAUCAGUUCUUCAUCUCCGGAAUGCGUGUUGCACGAUCCUCCGUGUUUGUAUCCCGCUUUGCAGUUAAUCAAAGAAGAAACUGGUUCCGAUGAAGAAGGUUUGCGUGCAUCUCCUCCCAUUCCUAUUAUAGCUCCCAUCCCUGUAAGAUUAAAACCGGGUCAAACUUUAAAAGAGUUCAGAGAAAUGGAUAAGGAAAAUUCUUGUGGCGGAGCCAAUUUAAGGAAAAACUCUUCAUUAAACAAAGACGGAAACGUGACCGUGACUCUCACUCUAAAUUCCGACGCGGCUCAAGAUAUUUUAAGCGUUUUAAAAGAUUUGGCUAAUAUUUUACAUAUUCCUGCUCCUACUACUUACCAAAUAAUUGAAAGAACGGCAACACCGCCAAGCAUUAAACUGGGCUUGUAUCGCAACAAGGGAAAAGAUGGUAAAGAAGGUGCUCCCGUCGAUAUUCAAAGUAUUUUAAAUGGACAAGCCAAAUUUUGCCGACACUGCGACGUGGUUAUUUUAAACAACAUGAUACGUAAAAAAGUCAUGGAACUUCCGUUUUUAUCUCAGAGAGACGACAUAACGGAUAGCACGGAAGAUCUUUAUUUUUGCAGCUCUGGUUGUUACAUGCAAUUUUCAUUAAUGCACAAGUCUCCGAACACUGGUCAAGAUAAAGCUGCUGCGGUCGUCGAUCACUUGAGUAAUAAUUCAAGUUCUGCAAAAAAAAUGAAAAUAUCACCUACGGAAGAAAAAGAAAAUGGAAAAGUCGCAUCUAAAGAGGAAGUAAAGAAAGACAAUGAAAUAAAAAAACCGAAUAAAGGGAAUAAAUACAAAUAUUGGCAACCGGGAUCUUUGAUAGCCAACACGAGAUACAAGAAGCAAUCCGAGAGAGAAUUGAUGGAAAUGCUUUUCAGAGUGGGAGUCACGUUAACUCCGAGUCAAAAUUCCGAUGAUACGAGGCGGUGUCUGUUUUGUCAUCAGCUGGGAGACGGCGUGGCAGACGGUCCGGCUCGAUUGCUCAAUUUCGACGUUGAUAAAUGGGUUCAUUUAAAUUGCGCUCUUUGGUCGGACGAUGUUUAUGAAACCGUGAACGGAGCACUCAUGAAUGUCGACAACGCUCUUCAAUUGGGUCAAACGACCAUUUGCAGUUUGUGUAAUCAAAAUGGAGCUACCAUCCACUGUUUCAAACUCCGGUGUUCGAACGUGUAUCAUUUAGGUUGCGCCGUUAAAGAUGAAUGUACGGCAUAUUGUCCAGCCCACAUCCCUAAAAAUGAAAAAGACAAUGAAUUGACGACUCUUUCCGUGUAUCGGCGAGUGUACGUUCAGAGAGAUGAAAACAGACAAGUGGCAACCGUCAUGCAUCACACGGAUCAAAAUCAUCUUCUUCGUGUUGGUUCAUUAAUUUUUUUAAACGUCGGACAAUUAUUGCCUCAUCAGCUUUCGGUUUUUCACACGCCCAAUUACAUUUAUCCUGUCGGGUACAAAAUACUUCGUUUUUACUGGAGCAUGCGUAGGCCAAACAAACGUUGCAAAUACAUUUGUUCCAUUCACGAUGCUUACGGUCGUCCCGAAUUUAGAAUUCUAGUCCAAGAGCCUAAUUACGAUGACAUAGAGCUCCGAGAUUCGACUCCGAAAGCAGUUUGGUCUCGAAUACUCGAGCCUUUACAACAACUACGAAAGGAAAAUGGAAACGUUCAAAUUUUUCCCAGAUACGUUUCGGGUGAAGAUUUAUUCGGAUUGAAUGAACCCGCGGUUGUGAGAGUUCUCGAAAGUUUACCAGGUGUUGAAACUUUGACUGAUUAUAAAUUUAAAUACGGUCGUAAUCCACUUUUGGAAUUACCCUUGGCCGUUAAUCCUACGGGUUGUGCGAGAUCGGAACCGAGACAGAAAAACUUGUUGCCGUAUAAAAGGCCACACACGCAAAGAACGGCUACAACUUCCAGACCGAAUUUAUUCGCAUCGAGUUUGCCCGGGUUGUCCAGUGAAAUUUUGUGUCCCUACUCGAAACAAUUCGUACAUUCGAAGAGUUCGCAGUACAAAAAAAUGAAAUUGGAAUGGAGGAACAAUGUGUAUUUGGCACGGAGCAAAAUUCAAGGUUUGGGAUUGUACGCGGCGAGAGAUUUGGAACGUCACACAAUGGUCAUUGAAUACAUUGGAGAGAUAAUAAGACACGAAUUGUCGGAAUCGAGAGAAAAACAAUACGAAGCAAGGAAUCGUGGGAUUUACAUGUUCAGAUUAGAUGAGGAAAGAGUUAUCGAUGCGACCAUUUGCGGAGGAUUAGCCAGAUACAUUAAUCAUUCCUGUAAUCCGAAUUGCGUGGCGGAAAUUGUCGAAGUCGAUAGGGAUUUAAGAAUAAUAAUAUUUGCCAAAAGGAGGAUAACACGCGGAGAAGAAUUGGCUUACGAUUAUAAAUUCGAUAUAGAAGAUGAUCAACAUAAAAUUCCUUGUCUAUGCGGUGCACCGAAUUGUAGAAAAUGGAUGAAUUAA